AUGGAAGGCGACGCCGGCGAAUCCAAUGCGCGCGCGUCCGCCGCCGAUGCGAUCGACGGCGGCACUGGCUACCGAUACCAGCAAGAGAUUGCGCAGAUGAUGUUUGUCUCGACGGAAAUCGAGAACCCCGACCCACAGGUCACCCGGCUGAUUGAGGAUAUCGUGCGCAACCAGGUUGUGGAAAUGAUCAUUCAAUCGCGUCUGUUGGCACUGCGCCGUGCAUCGAAGCACCUCACACCCGAGGACCUCAUCUUUCUCAUCCGCUACGACCGUGCCAAGGUGAAUAGGCUGCGCACCUAUCUCAGCUGGAAGGAUGUGCGCAAGAACGCCAAAGACAGCGGCGGCGACGGCCCCGGCGGCGCGUCAGGCGGUGCGGACGCCGGCGAAGGCCUCGAGGACACCGCAGACGACGGACCGCUGCGGGUCAACAAGCGCAAGAUGAAGCUGCCGUGGGAACUCUCGGCAAUGUUCUUCGAAUACCCCCGGGUCUCUCUGCCGGGUAAUGCAGAGGACGUGGAAGAAGAGGACGAGGACACGAUUGAGACGAACGAGGAUAGUCUGCGCCGCCUCAAGGCGGCCGAUGAAACGACGCGCCGCAUGACGCGCGAAGAGUACGUCUUUUACUCCGAGUGCCGGCAGGCGUCCUUUACCUUUCGCAAAGCAAAACGGUUCCGCGAGUUUAUCAACGCGGGCUUCUACUUGGACGUCAAGCCGAGUGACGACACAAUUGAUAUCCUCGGUUUCCUGGCCUUUGAGGUGGUGCACGAGCUCUGCACCUCAGCUGUGCGCAUCAAGCGCGAAUGGGAGGAGCGCGCACGCAAUGUACAGGCCCGCGGCGAGCGGCCAUUCGAAAGCAAGGACGCAGCAGACGACGCGCCAGAAGAUACCGAGGCGGCGUGCACGCUCUUUAGCCUACCGCCCAGGGCCGAGCCGCCGCUCGAGGCAUGGCACAUUCGCGAGGCAUUUGCGCAGCUGCAGCGCGACCGCCGCCUGCUCGAGACGGGGCGGAGAACGGCGGGGCCUACGGGUGGUCUGCGCCGCACGCAAGUCUUUGUUAUUUAG